AUGGCGGUCCAAGUACGGCUCUCAACAGCCGACCAGCGGAGGAUUCUGGCAGAAUUGAAGAGGGAGAGCAGAGCCAAUGCCAGAACAUUGGACAAGAGGCUGAAGAGGAUGGAAGCCCCGAAAGGCCCAAAGGUGGAACCCGAAGAAGGCAAAGAAGGAGGACCCUCUACGGCCCCAGAAGGUGAUCUUGGGACAGAAGUCAAUCCCAUCCAAGUCGAAGAUGAUGGAGACGACGACUUCGAUGGCGAGCUCUACGACUCCUCAGGUUUGGAACGGGUUAUGCCCAUUGUUACUAAGUACACGCUAGACGAUCUGUUGUACGUAGCACAAGUGGUAGCCCGGGAACACUCCAAUAGUUCGGUCUUUGGCUUCACGACGGAUCUAAGUGACACUGGUACAGCAGACCAGGACGUCAUCAACACCGCCGUGGCAGAAACGUUGAAGAGAUUGGGUAUUAAGCCCAAGAGAGAAGAGCAGCAUGUGCAGGACGCUGGACCCCCUAGAGGGAGUCAAAACAUGCCGCCGGGGAUGUACCAGUGGUCAGGGCCUCCUAAGUCGGACAACGAUGGGUUUAAACUCAUCUUGGAAAGACUGGAUCAACAAGAGGCCAAGUGGAAGGAUACACUCACUGGUCUCAGAAAAGAGCAAAAAGAACAACUGACGGAGUUUGAGACGAGAAUGGAGGCCAAAAUCGACAAGAGGGUUGACCGACCAUUCUCAGCGAUUCAACUCGCACAACUCGUCAGGGAGGAAACAACAUUGGUCAAUCCUACGUUCCGCCGGGAAGGAGGAACUACUCGAACUCGGGUUCCUCAGGCGGAGGGUACGUCGACUUUUCGCGUCGACCAGGUCAACAGGGCUACAGCCAAGGCGUGUGGCGAAAUGCUGACGCUGGUGGUGGAGAGCGACGAGGAGUGA